GGUCACUGUCACUCUCAUUAUUGUCAUUGUCAUUAAAAAAAUCCUCUGAGAAAAAAAAUACACACAUAACCUCAAAUUUUUCUCGUUUAAAAUUUUGAUUAAACUCUUCAUUACUCAAAAAACAAUGUUAAGCAGAAUCCGAGUAAGACGAGACUUUAGGUUAAUUGCCAGGUAUUUCUCCGAUAAAUCAGAUGGUGAAGAAAAAUUGCCACAAAUAAAUAAGAAAACGCAAGAUGGGCCCAAGAAGCAAGAAGACAGUACAGAAAAAAUUCAAGAGUUGUUGAAAUUGAUGAUGGCCCAACCCAAAGUUUCUGAUAAUGAGUACAGUGAAAAGUUUGUAACCGCCCCGAGCAUACCGAGGAGGAGGAAACAGAAGUCGGAUGAAAUUGAAGUUAAAACACAGAAAAUUGAGGAAGAUAUUACCAAAGCUGCCAGCGAGGUGGCUCAGGCCAUAGGUGGAGAUGUCAAACAGACUGAAGCAGAAUUAUUGUCCAAAGUGCUUGGUAAAAUCAACCAAAAUUCUACCUCUUUGAGUGACCUCUUAAUUGGGAUGAAAGUGGAUCGCACAAAGGAAAGUGAGGAUGACCAUCUCAAGACGGAAUCUAGAAUGGACAGGGGCCAACAAGUAAAACGGCUGGUGAACAAGAACCGAGAUGAAGCAUCCAGGACUCGUUUCACUCAACGCAAGGAGCGGCAACUGCCAACCAGGGAAAGGCCGAAACCAAGUAAAAGUUUACCACAAGCAACAAUGAUCAAUAUAUUUAGUGGGGAACCUCUGGGGAUCUUCAAGGCUAACGAGGGUAACUAUGGAACCAAGUUGGAAGUAUGGGAUCAACUGAAGCAGCGAGAACUCACGCUGGCCACAUCGCAGCCUCCAGCCAACUACUUCGAGAAGAUGAUCCUGUGGACUGAGCAAGGAAAGGUCUGGAAGUUCCCCAUCAACAAUGAACAAGGCAUAGAAGAAGAACAAAACGUCCCAUUCACAGAACACAUCUUCCUAGAUUCCCAUCUUGAGGGUUGGUGCCCCAAGAAAGGGCCUAUCAGACAUUUCAUGGAGCUGGUGUGUGUCGGCCUCUCCAAGAAUGCUUUCUACACGGUCCAAGAGAAGAAAGACCAUAUAAUGUGGUACAAAGAGUAUUUUGAGUCCAAAAAGGAUAUUUUGAAAGAAGUGGGUGCGUGGGACAUGGGGACCAAACCACAGAGCAGUGAAGCGUCAAAGUAAAGCAGUUUAAAAUUUUAUUAGGUACAGAUAACUCUUAGGUAUUUUUUGUUAUAAAAUUAAUAAGUGCAACCUCAAUGUGUAUAAAUAAACAUUAUUGCAAACUACA